GAAAAUCCCCUCCCAAGAACAGGGCACACGAAAAUGGGUUUGUUGAUCAAAACCCUAGUUUCUUGCCUUGUCCUGCAAGCAAUCGCCACCACCGGAAAAUCCGGGUCUACCCCGAAAAACGUGGACUUCGCUAUAAGGAUACGGAACGAGAUGCACGGAACAAACCGUACGACGGUAUUCUACCAUUGCUGGUCGGCGGAAAAAGACUACGGCUGGCACAAAUCCUUCCCGGCGGCUGAAUUCUCUUGGCACUUCGACGUUCUUCCGUACGGUAACGGAGUCAAGAUCCACAGCUGCGAGUUCCGAUCAUCGGAGGGAUCCAUUAACAUCGAGAUCGAGACGAUGUCCACUACGGCCAUGCUCUGUGACGGCCACGUGUGCGUAUACGCCGUUAGAUCCGACGGGGUAUACUUCCUCGGGUACGAGCUGUAUUACCCUUCUCACGCUUUCGGCCGGUACUUCGAGAUGUUGAGGCCCGUCGAGAAGAUCAUCGAGCCGUGGAAGCCAUGGUCGCCGCAUCAGAUUAGGGUUUUGCGCCACGCCGUCCGCCGGCGCCGCCGCAGGGAAAGGGAUGCUUAUCUGAAGAAGUUGGCGGAUGAUGAGAAUAUCGAGUCUCGUGGCUGAGAUCAGAGAUCUGAUCGGUCGGGCGAAUUUCUAAUAUAACACGAGAUGAUGGGUUCUAAUGUUUUGGAAGAAUGAAAAGUGGUAAACCAACUUGCGAUUGUUCUUAUUUCCAUUACGA